CCAGUACAGCACAGUAAUCAAGUAGCUCCAUCAUCAAAUCCCCUUCACAAGAAACAUUCCCUCUUCCCCUUCACCUCCAAUACUUUCUUCUCUUCUUCUUGGUGUGUUCUUGUUCGCUGUUCUCGUCCCUUUCCUAAGCAAACAACUGGGGUGUUUGUUUGCUUGUCCAUCUCUCACUCAAUCACUCACUCACUCGUCUGCUCUAUCCCAAAUGCAUCCGGUCAUCGUCACAUGAGACGCUCGCUCAUCCAUCAACCUCAGUACCCAACCUCGUCACCGGCUGUCACCUGAAGCACAUACUCGCUGUACAUAGCUACAUAGCUACACAACCCAUCUGCCUGCUGCACUCGGCCAGGCAGCGAGCUCUGCAGCGAAUCGCUGACCCCGCAUCUGGCGAGACACCCAGCCAGCCAGUCGCCUCACUGGCCAACAGCUCGCUGUGCCAGGUUACCUCACCUCUUACUACUCACCUACUGACUUACUUACUUUAACCUGCCCCUUCCCUUCCACCCUCUCCCUCUCCCGUCUCUUUCUCGUCCUCCACCUUUGUCCUCCCGCACGCCCCACGCCCGGUGCUGGAUAACCCUCACAAACCUGACUUUCUGCAUACAUUCACUCUCUCUCCGCCCGUGACCAUGGCCUCCGACGCUUUCCGCGUAACCUUACGCUCAUCCGACGGCCACGAUCCCCUCAAGGAGCGUCGCCUCGACUUGCGCCCCAAUCAACCAUACACCAUAGGCCGCGCCUCUACAAACACCCAGAAGCCCAAUCUCAUGGAGACAACCGGCAAUGCGUACAUCCACAGCCCCGUCAUCUCCCGAGAGCACGCCUUCCUCAACCUCCGUCUUGACCCCACCUCCGUGCACAUCACCGACAGCUCUUCCAUGCACGGUACCAUGGUCAACGGAACCAAGCUCAAACCCCUCCGGCCUUGGAAGCUCGCCAACGGCGACGUACUGCAGUUUGGCGCUGAUGUUACCCGCAACGACCAAUACUUCAUUGCUCGCAAAUAUACCUUCGAAGCUCCCGGUCUCGACGCCAAGCUCGCCGAGCCCCAGCCAGACAAAUCAUCCCCCCGGAUAUUCGCCGUCCCCGUCUCCGAUUCUGAGCAAGACGACGAUAGCGAAGACGAGAUUGAUGAUGACCUCAAGUCCCCUGUCAUCCCACGCUUGUACUCUGGUACCCAAGCCAAUCCCGUCACCAUCGACGAUACCGAGGCCGUUUCACAAGGAGUCGUCAUCAGCCUGGUCGAUGAUGACAACAACAACGGGGAUGAAAAGGAGCAAGAGGCACCUGCUCUGCUCGGACAGCCAGUACCAGCUCCAGAGUCAGGAUCCAGGACGACUUCUUUUACUUUGGCAGACAUCAUAUCGGGAGAUGCACCACCCCCGCCAUACGAGGAGCACCCAUCUCACCUAGUAGAGCCCGCUCCCUUCAGCGAUGUUGAUUCGCUGGACGGCGCUGAUUCGAUGGAUGGCGCUGAUUCGCUGGGUGACGUCGAUUCGAUGGACGGCCAGUUUCCGGGCUCCGACUACUCGGAUUAUGAUGGUCAUGUCAGUGAUGACAUCGGGCCCGUGUUAGACUCUUGGGCAACUGCAUCCGAGUCCAGUGUAGGAGACGCAUCCGACAUGGAUGCUAGGACCGAAUUCGAAGUGUCUGAUGAGGAAGAUCUGGACGAGGAUGCCGCUGAAGGCCUCACGAGCGAGGAUGAGAGCGAACAGGAUCACGAUCAGCCUGCCCGCCCGUCUGAUUUCGAUGAAGACGAAGAUGACAACGAUCUUGAGGACGAUGUUCCUUUGAGACACCUCUUCCGCGGUGGAUCUCCACACCGGCCAUUCGAGACUACUGGAGCCACAGCAGUCCCCAAUACCCAAGUUUCGCCUAUUAUAGACAGCGACCUCUUCAAUAGCCAAGUGUACCAGCCUGUCCAAUCGAUGCCGCAGAGUCCGGAUCGCAGACUCCUGCCGCCCAGCUCAUACAGGACUGGUUCAUUCGCUGCUCCCCAAUACGCUUUCGGCUGCCCCACGACUUCAUUGCCCUUCGGUGCAGAGACCACUAGGUCUAGGAUGAUGAGUUUUGCUCCGGAAUACAUCAGCCCAUACCAACCCCGCGACGCAGAUGUCUACACCUUGCCUCGCGACGCCGGCCUUUACAACCCAACUGGCUUCUCGACCAACUCGUAUCUGGAACAAAACCCUGACGAAAUUAUCAACGCUACAUGCCCUCCCGCUGGUCAGUUCCGGCCACCAAUGCCCACGUACGCAUCCCCUCCACCCCCGCCAGCUCAAGCGCCGUCAGAUUCCACCUUCGCUCCGGCAAUCAACGAGAUUCGUGGCCCUACACCACCCCACGAUCGUUCUUCGCCCCAACCUGUCCGACGGACCAAGGUGUCAAUCCCCGAGAUUGUUGAGGACACUACAACUCCACAACCACCCACACCAACUUCUGUCUCUGGUGUGUCAACUGGACUGAAGCGCAAAGCCGACGAAAUGGAAGACGAGAGUCCAGAGGUGGCUGACAACGUCGUGGCCGACGCCGAGCCUGGUGAACCAUCCGAGGCCGCUGCCCCCUCUGUUCCUGUGGUCAACAUUCAAGAUCGCCCCAAGAAACGCCUGCGGACUGUGGUCGGGAGCGCUGCCAAGAUGGCUGCGUAUCUCAUUCCCAGCACGGCCAUUGCCGUUGGAAUGCUCACGCAGCUUCCCGAUGCUUUCUUCCAAGGUUGAAACUAUUAGUUUCUCGGAGAACCAUGCAACAUUAUCAUUCUGGUCCGGCUUCCCUUACUUUUUUUCUUUCUUGGUCACAUUCACUCGCUUACAAGGGCUCGGCGUUUGAAAUAAGGGUAGGUUCAGUAAUGAAUGGGAGGAUAAGAACCUGGCGUUUUAUGGUCACGGGUUUGCCAUCACAUGUGGUUCACGAUUUGGACGGUCUACUCUCUUACUCACGAUGCCUGAACCCCCCUCUGCUGGAGUUCCUGCACACUAUAUUCCCCCUCCUCUUUCACGUUUUCUUGUCAUCCUAGUUUGGUCCUUUGGGGGUAGCCUAAAUCAAAUUCCAUGAUAAACUUGCAUCAUCUAUCUUGUCUGCUUCCAUGCAUAAAGAUCGAACACUUGAAUGAAAUCGAAACCCUUAUCCGGUUGACCUCUUAUGUUGUUUACAUGUGGAAUGUCAUGUUCUGAAUCGAUUGCCGUCUGUUUGUGUGUGUUUCCUUUCCUUUCCUUUUUUUCCUUCGUCUAAGAACCAUGUGCAAAAAAAAAAAAAAAAUAAGAUCUUAGCAUUCCAACAUCCCUCAGCACGACAUCACACAAAACGCCACCACGGUACCACAACGCACGUUUACUCACCCACACACUACUCUUCCUAGCUAGCCACAAAAUUCUCUCUCCCCCAACGCCACCGGGAGAAACCAUCCCUCCCCCCCUCCCUAACCCGAUUCGAAGAACAGAACGCAUGAUUCCAUCGUAUCGACGUAGCGGGCGGCGCUGAGCUUGCAUGAUCACCGCUUAAUGAACCGUUUGGGUGGUUUCGCUGAACACGAGGGAUUGAUGGGGAGCGGUUCGACGGGACCGGGGAGCCCGAGGAUCUAGAACGGUAAUGUAAUGGGGGAGCGAACAAAGGACUUUGCCAGCGGGAUUUGUAGGGACAUAUGUCGUGGGAUCAUCAAAUGUCCCCCUCAAUAUAAAAAAAAAAUCGGUUGUUGGAAAGAUGUUGAGGUCUUGGGGGGGCAAGCGUGCUGAGUUGUUUCUCGUGUAUUCUUCUUCUUCUUCUUCUUGGAGGUAAGUCUUUCCAUCAACCCUUUUUUUUUCUUUCUUUCCUAGAAUCGUGCGAGAUUGUGCAGUUAUCUCACAUAUCCAUCUAUCAAUAUCCUUCCUCCG